AUGUGCUUGAUCCCAAAGACCCUUUCGGAGGUUCAUGAGUUCUCCCUGCCAAACGGGAACUCGAGGCGCUGGCGGUGGUGUGUCAGCCUCUCCUUGUGCCGGUCGUCCUGUGGUGACGCUGGUGGCUUCGGGGAACAGCGGCACGGGGGCCCUGCCAAGAGUGAAGCCUGGUGCCUUUGCCCUGAGCAAGAUGAAACCAUGGGGACGUGGGAUAUUUGGACAUCCGUGGGCUUUACCCGGAGCUGCCACGUUGCAAACUGCUCGAUCGUGAAACCUGCUCCAUCAAGUGCAGGAAACAAAAACAAGAACUGA